CCGGACUCGGAUCCUUUGCGGGCCGAAUCGGUUGACAUCCCUAAGGGCACCUAAUCACCGGCCGAAUGAGCCUCCACAGGAUCGCCGCGGCGCGAGAGAGAAAAGGAAUGAGGCGCGAGAUCGCCAAGGCAUUUCGGCGAAUGGUCUGAGGCAGACGCGUCCUUCGUCCACUCAUCCCGCCUUCCUCCCCUCCCGCCUCCGCUCCGCUACAUCUUUCCCCAUGGAGUCCCCCGAGCUCCACGGCGACUCCUCUCCCGACGCCGUACCACGUCGAUCACAGCGCCCCAGAUCCCCACCCCUAGAUGAUAAGGAGAAGCAGACACACAUACGAUUUCUUGUAUCAAACACUGCAGCUGGGUGCAUAAUCGGGAAGGGUGGAUUAACAAUUACUGAAUUCCAGUCACAAUCUGGUGCCCGUAUUCAGCUAUCACGUAAUCAUGAAGUCUUUCCCAGAACUUCAGAUAGAAUAAUAUUGAUUUCUGGGGCAUUUAGUGAAGUAAUGAAGGCAAUGGAACUGAUCCUCGAAAAAUUGCUAAAUGAGGUGGAAGAGGGUAAUGAUGUUGAAGGUAGAUCAAAAGUGAGGCUCAUUGUUCCUAAUAGCUCAUGCGGUGCCAUAAUUGGAAAAGGAGGAUCCACUAUAAAGUCUUUUAUAGAAGAGUCCCAGGCUGGGAUUAAGAUAUCACCUCAGGAUAAUAUUGCUGGCCUAAAUGAUAGGCUGGUUUCCUUGACAGGGUCUUUUGAGGAGCAAAUGCAUGCUAUUUUUCUUAUAUUGUCAAAAUUAAUAGAAGAUGCUCACUAUCCUCAAACAUUAAACUCGCCUUAUCCAUAUUCAGGUGUUAACUUUCCUGGUUUUCCUGGUGUUCCCGUUAGUUACAUGAUUCCUUCUGUAGCAUAUCCUGUGGGUUAUGGAGCAAAUGGAAUUGGAGGAAAAUAUCUUAGUAAUAAAGGUGUGGCAUCACCUUUGGUUUCAUCACGGUCACCUGGUGGGUCUCAUGAAAACCAGAGUAACUCGACAACAAUUGGCAUUGCAGAUGAGCAUAUUGGUGCUGUUGUCGGUCGAGGGGGGAGGAACAUAAUGGAGAUAAGUCAGGUUAGUGGAGCUAGGAUCAAGAUUUCAGAUAGAGGUGAUUUCAUUUUGGGCACAUCAGAUAGGAAAGUAACAAUAACUGGAUCAUCAGAAGCAAUUCGUGCUGCUGAGGCUAUGAUCAUGCAGAAGGUUUCAUCAAAUUCUGAGAGAUGAUUGUUGAUUAUUUGCUCUACAAUCCAGAUAAUUUAUUGAAGCUGCUUUAUGGGAGAAAUCUUUAUUCAAUCAGCAGGCCAGAUAUUCUUCUAUAUCGGUAAUAUGAAGGUAUUUAAGGGGAAUACAGAAUUGAAAGGUUUUUUUUGCCCCUAGAGAUCUGGACGAGUCAUCUUUUGACGUGUUCUCUGGGAAUUGCCUUGCAAAAUGAUGAAUAGUCUCAGAAUCUCUUCAGUAUUUGUAAUCUUUAGUUCAACUCUUGAAGAGUUCUACUUUUGACCAGUUCAGUCAACAGGUAUAUUGGUUGUCAUUCUGCAUCAACAGAUGGAACUUCCAAUUUUUUGCGCACAAAAUGGUAUUUGUAGAACUUAUUUCAGUUUUUCUUAAAUUCAUUUGAUAGUUGCUGGUU